GAUAGAACCUGGCAUGCAUUUUCGUUGCGCCGUGCAGCCAACUUGACACACAUAGGCUUUAAUUCCGCACAGUGACGCCAGCAUGUUACAUUUUUUUGUAAAUGCGUGGUGUAAUACAACGAGUUAAUGCGAUGAGCAAUCGGAGGAGGUGACGGCUGGGAGGGGAUUGAGCGAUUUGGCUGGCUAAAAGGAGGUCGCGCACGAUUGCCGGACGCGGGAUCAGGCUAUGAGUGACUGUGCUAGCUCCCAGCCUUGAUAUAGCGCACAGUUGCCCGGACCUAUGCAGCGCUGCGGUUUUCUUCGCGGGUUCAGGGCGGCAGCCCUGCUGGCGGCACCGCCGGCGGCGUCUUGUAGCGCAAACAGCUUCGCGUCCACGGCGGGGCCCCAUCUGCUGCCGUGCACAGGCUUCGCAUCCACGGCGGGGCCCCAUCUGCAGCUGUGCACAGGGGCGUCAAGGAUCCGCACCUUCAGCAGCAGGGGCGACGACGGGCGAAAUGGAGACAGCCGCGGCGAUGGGCUUGACAGCUCGUCAGGCAAUCAGGUAGAGCCGCGGGUCGACCCGUUCCGUGAUUGUGGGCUUCGCCACGACAGCGGCGGCGGCAGCGGCGGAGGGAGGCAGCAGCUGCUGCCGCAAGCUGCGGCCUCUGCCGCCCCGGUGGCGGAGCAGCACAGGCUGCAGCUGUCGGCCGCAGGAGACAGCGCAUCACUGCAGGACAUCGCGCGGAUCGUGAAGGAGGCGGUGCGCGCCGAGUUCGCUUCGCCUGGCGUCAAGCGGAUCGUGAAGGAGGCGGUGCGCGCCGAGUUCGCUUCGCAGGACAACACGCCGAUCGUGAAGGAGGUGCGCGCCGAGAUCAAGAGCUUUUCACAGAGGCUCGAGAGCGUCUGCGACGGCCUAAGUGCGCUCAUGGAGUACACUGCCGCCAAGCAGCUGCAGCAGGACCUCGGCGACGACGUGCGGGUGCACCCCAACGUGCGCCUCACUGGCGCCAAGAGCACAUCCGACUGCCUGCUGCGGGAGGCAGAUGCUGAGGUCAAGGAGACUGCGGCGUCUGCGCUUGUCAAGCGGCUGCAGGGGCUGUCUGGCCUGCGGGCUGUGCUGCGCUACUUCCUCACCAGGGCCUGCGCUGACCUGAUGGGGCUGCGUAAGCGUAGCGCCUCAGCUGCUGCUGCUGCUGCUACUGCUGCGAUGGCGGCGGCUGCUGAUGCUUCGGCAGCAAAUGUUGCGGCGGCAGCUGCAGACGCUGCGACCAUUGCUAUAUCGACUGCACGUGACGCAGCAACCAUCCAGGGGCACCUGGUGACGCUGCAAGCGCUUCAGGACCGGCUGCUGGUCGCGACGGCGGGCACUGCAGUGGAGGCGCACCUCGCAGCUGCAGCUGUCACAGCGCUGGGCAGCGCGCAGGGCUACAUUGACACGCACCGCCCCCGUCGCCCUCGCGCCGGCCACCCGCCAGAGUCCUCUGCCGCAAGCAACAGCAGCACCAGCAGCGGCGGCAGCGGCACCGGCGCCGGCAGCAGGGAUGAUGAGCACGGCGAUGGUCAGGACAGCAGCAGCAGGAGUGGCGAUGACGACGGAGGCGACGGCACUCAAGCGUGCACGCCGUAUGCCGCCGCGAUGCUGCUGCUGGACGCCAUGCGCCACAGAAAGACUGACGAGCUCCUGCUGCUGGUGACUGACGGCCCUUUCUCGAUGCUGGUGCUGUCGGCGCUGCAGCCUGCUACCACGCUGCCGCUCACGGCUGCGCUGAACACGAGCAGUGGCAGCGGUAGCGGCGGCAGCUUCAAGCCUGCGACGCACCUGGAAGUGGACGCACUUGCUGUGCGGCUCAAGGACUCAACGCUUCAGGUCAUAAUACAGGAGGCCAAGAUGACGUCCAACCUGGCAACGGCCCGGAAGCAGGUGGCGCGCAUCGGCACCUUGUUCGCGUACGCGUACAACGUCGCUGUGGCCGCGGGCGCCUUUGGGGAGGGCGAGCCGCCGCGGCUGCGUUUGGAGGCACAGAUCGUGUUUGCGCGCCUGAAAGCACUGCCACCGGCGCAGCUGGAGCAAAUGGUCGAGCUGGUUCCGGCGGAGGGCGAGCGGCACAUGAUGCGCGUGCGCGUCACCGGCCUGGCUGGCUGCGCCAUCAACCCGUGAGCAGCCUAUUUUGUGCGCCAUACGAGGGAGCGCUGGUUGGUACAGGGCGAUGUUUGGGCACGUGGCAGAAGCUGGACAGGGGGGUGCGACGGGGGAGGGGCGAGUGGAAGGGGAAGUAGGAGCCCAAGCCCUUAGCCUGCACGAUUGCGGAGAUCGCUGCACGUAUGCAAGCUGCCAAGGUUUGUUGUAGUAGCUUGUGACGUGUGCGGCGUUGGGGUAAUGUGUGCACCGCGUGGAUGACAGUGCGGGAUACAGCAUGCUGGACACAUACCCGGCACGAACAAGCACAAUGCUGGCACGUAUUGCUGUCGGCUGGACAAACGGCCUGUCCGUUCGCGCGUGUUUGUUAAAGAUGGUGCUACACUUUGAGCUGGAGCACGGCGGUUGAUUCGUAGGUAGCGGUGGCCCCUUGGGGCUGUACUGGGACCGUGACACGGCGCCGAGGGGCGCUCGGAGCGCUCAGCCAAGGCGGCGGAGACCCUGGGCGCCGAGGGCUACUCGGCGCGCGCAGUGGCGGGGUGGAAGAAGCGAAUGGCCGUGGUCGCUGAACACGCUCCGCGCCAGCGUGGUGGCUGCGGCGUGUGCACCGCCACCCAGACCGGGGCCUGAGCCUGUGCAAGCGGGGCUACGUGCGGGGAUGGCGCAUGGCCAAGGGCGCGCGGUGAUUUCACAUGUGCCCCCAUUGCUUAUUUCAGUGCCACGUUUUUUGUGUGCAAUUGUGUGUGUGGGCAGGGUGUGUGUUUGCUCGGAACCAACAACAACAAAGCCACAACCGGGGGGGGUUGGAAACAAAGGGCCAGACCCCAUGCCCCGAAAUCCCUCGGGACCCCCCGUGAGGGGACGACCGACUCCCCCACGGACAGAACCUUGUUGUUUAGGGGUUAAAAGCCUCCAUUUUAUACCAGAGGGGUGUCAAUCGACUGCUCUUGACGAGCACUAUCACUCCGUGCCAUCAGCGGUCCUGUUGUGAGACUUCAGUCACAGGUGGCAUCCUAUCCAUGGAAAUGCCCUC